GAUGAGUAUAUCCUUGGGGCUGUUUCCCACUGAUGGGUUUCUUUUUCUUCUUCACCCAAAAUUCGAAUAUCACAGUUCUCGCACUCUUUCAUGAGUCUUAUAUCCUCUUUCCAUCCACAUACUCAAGAGACCUCAAAGCCAACAGUAUAUCAUAUUCAACUCACCCAAACCACUACGGCAUCCUCCAGACAGAUGGAGACUACGCUGCGCAGCAUGGUGGUUCCUGACCAUGUCAUGAAGAACUCCAAUGACUUGGGUCGAUUCUUCAUUCAACGAGAACAGGAAAACACCUAUAUCUAUCAUGCUCGAAGAUCUAUUCUCACCAUGACCAGAACCCGAUCUGAUAGCUGUCCACCUUCCUUCCACACGGGUCCAUCCGCCCACUAUAUCCCAACCCCAGCCGAGCGCGCAACACCAAUGGAUAGAACCACUCUCGACAAGCUCCCCAAUGCCACUCGCGCAAUCUGUGGCGCCGAAAAAGGCUCCACUGUCCUCCUCCCACCCCUAAAAGCACCAACCAAGCCCUCAACCCCACUCAAAGGCCCCAUCCCCAUGCCGAGACGGAUGUCCCUCCCAGCCGAUGCUCGUUUCGAUGUUUUGAAGGAGCCAACCAACUUCAAGGAAUUGCAUGGCAUAGUUAAUAAACUCGCUGCUAAUCUCACCGGCGACAAUCUCUUCCGUCUCGCUCAUCUGCUUAAAAAGCUCAAUGAGCAGGACAUGGACAAUGCUGCCUUGUUUAAGCUCCACGAUGAAUGGGAGAAGUAUGCGGAAAGGGCUAUAGCCGAGACGACAAAGAUCGUGAAAGAUAAGGAUGACCAGGUUCGGCAUGCACAGCUCCAGACCACCGUUCUUCAGAAUUCUGUUGCCGGCGACAUAGUGAACCCAAACAAGCCAUGGCAGCGUAAAGAAAUCUUCGAUGCCGUUGCUCAAAACGCUACUCUCGUCGUCGAGAACGAGAAAUAUCGCAGGCGAAUUCACCAGCUCGAAGACGAAGUCCAACAGUUGAGAGACGAGAAUGAAUCCAUGAGACAACAGCAGGAAAGAAGUGUCGCCGCUGACAUGGAGGCGAGAGCCAGAAUCGGCAGACAGAACCAAUCACGCCUAGCCAAACAGCAGAACACCAACGCGGCCGAACAAAGAAAGCUGAACGACAGGAUCGCUGAACUUGAAGGUCAAAAUCAAGCUUUGAGCUCUCAUGUCACUGAAACCCAAAGCCAGAACAAUGAUCUGAAAGGUCAGCUUGAUGGCGAACGUGUAGCAGCCAAGCAACUCCAGGAGGAUAAUGAGAACCUGGCCAAAGCCUAUCAUGAAAAGGAACAAGCGCUCGAGAAGAAGAUCGAAGACCUCGAGUCGACAACAAAUGAGCAGAAAACCACCAUCUCUUCCCUCCGAGAUGAAGUCGAACUCUCCUCCUCUCGAACACUUCAACUUCAAAAAGAGCUCGACACCGCCACCGCCUUGAUCGCUUCCCUCGAAACCACUCUCGAACAAACAAAAGCUGAAGUCGAGAAGUCGGUAACAGACUCUAAGCAAUAUAAGGAGUUGCAACGCAGGUACAGCGAUACCCGGACGGACCACAAUGACCUCAAACAGAAGCAUCAGAAUAUUAAGUCUGAAUUGACUUCAGAGAGAAAGAAGUUUGAGGCCAAGAAGAAGGAUCUGGAGAGGAAGAAUAAAAAUCUGAGCAAUCAGGUCAAAACUCUCAGGGCAAGUAGAGGAGGCAAGAAGGGCGGGAAGGAUGAGAAGCAAGAGCUGGAGGUAAAGGAGAUCAGCGAGUAG